AUGGCUGCAGGUGGUGGAGAUGAAGAGAUCGUCCAACGUAUUCUUCGUUUCACUGAUGUUGCUCAAGAACCAACCGAUUUUCUUAUGCCGAUUAGUGGGUAUGAGAAAAUGCCCAUUGUUUCACUCGAGGAAGCAGUUAAGCCACUAGUGUCAUUGUUACCAGCAAUUAAAAGUUACGCAUACGCAGCAAAAAGAAAAUGUGAAAAACCAGUCGAUAAUUUGACACAGGAUGAAUCGGCUUCGAUAAUGCUCUAUUCAAUGGGAUGGAAGCCAUUGGAUGAAUGCCUUUAUUUUGCUUUAAAUGCUACAUUACGGUCAGCAGAUCGAGAUAAAUUGAAACCGUGGUUUCUUUAUCUUCGAUUAUUUCUCGCUGCAUUAUUUCGCCUUCCAUCGAUGCCUUUACUGACGGUGUUUCGAGGCGUCAAACAAGAUUUGAGCCCGCAGUUUAAAAAGAGCAAAACAAUUGUAUGGUGGGGCUUUUCUUCGUGUACUACUUCGAUCCAAGUCUUACAGUCAGAACAGUUUUUGGGAAAGUCAGGUACAAGAACAAUGUUCACCAUUCAAUGUCAUUCAGCUAGAAACAUUCGCAAUCACUCGUAUUAUGCUUCUGAGGACGAAGUCCUCUUACUUGCUGCUACCGAGUUCAAAGUGAAUGGCGUUCUUGAUCAAGGUCACGAUCUUUAUAAUAUUCAUUUACAAGAAAUUCAAUCUGCUGAACCAUUACUGAUACCAGUGCCACUGACUGCUGAUUCAAAGAAUUUAGUAUCGAAUCAACUCGCAAACGUGAAAGUGAGCAAAAAUACAACUGGAUCAAAUGUUGAAACAAUUCAACUGGUUACAAAGACACCAAACUCGAGCACAACACAAGAAAUCAGCGUGCCAAUGAAUAUUUCACAAGAGUCUGAUUACCCAUUACGUUCUCCAUCCAGCACCAAUAUUCAUCCGAAUGCUCAAUGGCAAAAAGAUGGUAUCACUGUGGCUGGAGGAAAUGGAAAAGGCAGUGAAAUCAAUCAGCUUUGUAACCCGAGGGGCUUGUAUGUUGAUGAUGCUCAAACAGUUUAUGUAGCUGAUGAGUCAAAUCAUCGUAUUGUGGAAUGGAAGUGGGGUGCGACGAGUGGCCAAGUGAUUGCCGGCGGAAAUGGACAAGGAAAUGGGGCUCACCAAUUGUCUUAUCCAACAGAUGUGAUUAUCGACAAAGAAAGAGAUAGUCUCAUCAUCUGCGAUUAUUCGAAUCGAAGAGUGGUUCAAUGGCCUCGACGAAAUGGGACACGUGGAGAAACAAUCAUCUCCAACAUCGAUUGUAUGGGUUUGACAAUGGACAAGAAUGGAUCUCUCUAUAUCUCUGAUUUUAGCAAACAUGAAGUGAGACGAUAUCGAAGAGGAGAAUCUCAAGGAACACUGCUUGCAGGUGGCAAUGGAAGUGGAAAUCAUCUCAAUCAACUAUCUUACCCACGAUACGUACUCGUCGAUCGAGAUCAUUCAGUGUACGUGUCUGAUUGUGGAAAUCAUCGUGUGAUGAAAUGGAUGGAAGAUACAAAACAAUGCAUUAUCGUGGCUGGUGGUCAAGGAAACGGAAAUGGUCUCACACAGGUGUCAUAUCCUAAAGGAGUUGUUGUUGAUCAAUUGGGCACUGUCUAUGUGGCUGAUUACGGAACUGAUCGAAUCAUGCGUUGGACGAAAGCAGCCAAACAGGGAAGUGUCAUUGCUGGUGGAAACGGUAGAGGAAAAGAGAUGACCCAACUGAAUGAGCCUUUCGGUUUGUCAUUCGAUCGACACGGCAAUCUCUAUGUCGUCGAUUCGUCAAAUCAUCGAGUACAAAAAUUCAACCUCUUAGAAAACAAAUAA